AACCCAAGAUGGCUGCUAAAAGUGCUAAAGUGUAAAUGAGCUUGGUUACAUCUGAAUAAUCUGAUCAUCUGAUGAAAACAUCGCUAGUCUUUUUUUUACUGAAAGUUUUUAAUACAAUUUUAUAAAAUUAAAAACAGGUAGAUCUAGAUCUACACAACACUCUACAGACAGAGAACAAGAGUUUUCUUGACAUAAAGGUCCACCUGCAGUUAAAAUGGAAAUAAAAGUUGAACCAGAUGUUCAAACUCUUUCAAAUUCAGAGACAAUUUUAAGUGAGCAUGGUUCAGAAAACUCCAUAGACCACAAAAGUUUUGAAAAUCUUUUUAUUUAUUUUAACAAGGUUGCAGGCUCCGAGAGUGGUCAAGAUAAACCCUUUGUGUGUGAUUUGUGUAAUCAAGUGUUUAAUACCAGGCGUAAUAUAAGGCGCCAUAUGUAUCAGCAUUUAGAAAAGAAGCACAGCAUGCCUUCAAAAUCAAAGGAGAAGUCAUUUAUUUGUGAAGUGUGUGGUAAAUCAUUUAGUACAAAAGGAAAUAUGAAGAGGCACGAGAAAGUGCAUGUGCUAGUGAAUAAACUUUCUUGUAAAGUUUGUAAUAAAUCUUAUACUAGAAAGAUUACUUUAAAUAAUCAUCUGUGUGAUAGUUGUAACCGUGAAUUGAAUGAACAUAAUUUGAUGCCCUCAAAUAAAAAAGUAUUCAUCUGUAAUGUAUGUAGUAAAUCAUUUAGGAAAAUGGCUUAUUUGGAAAUACACCACCGCGUGCAUACAAAGGAAAAGCCAUACACUUGCGAGGUGUGUAACAAAUCUUUUACCACAAAGAGUCAUCUCUAUCAGCAUCAGUUUGUGCAUUCAAAAGAGAAGCAGUUCAUUUGUAAAUUUUGUGGUCAAUCUUACUUCCAUAAAAGCAAUUUAAGGGUGCACAUUUAUACGCAUACAAAAAGAAUUGAAUAUAAAUGUGACAUAUGUAAUAUUUCAUUUCGUACGGAAGAUAAUUUCAAACAACAUCAAUAUUUUCAUACUAAUGUGAAGCCUUUCUCUUGCAAUGUGUGUAAUAUGUCAUUUUCUCGAAAGGAGUACCUAAAACGGCAUUCUAUCGUGCACAGCAAUGAGAAGCCAUACACCUGUACUGUGUGUGGUAAGUCAUUUGCACUAAUGAGCAGAUUGAAUAUUCAUCAUCGCGUGCAUUUGAAAGUCAAACCCCAUGCUUGUAGUAUAUGUGACAAAUCAUUUUCCAAACGCUGUGAUUUAAAGCAGCAUCUUCGUGUGCAUACAAAAGAGAAACCUCAUGAAUGCUAUGUCUGUGCUAAAAGAUUUGCCCGAUAUGAUAACUUAAGAGUACAUAUACGUACACAUACUAAAGAAAAGCCGUUUAGUUGUAAUUACUGUUCUAAAUCCUUCACUCAGAGGUCGAGUUUAAAAGUUCAUCGACGUGUUCAUACCAAAGAGAAACCUUACUCCUGUAACAUAUGCGGUAAAUCAUAUAGUCAAAGUGUAAGUUUGAAGCUGCAUAUGUUCUUGCAUUCGUAUAAGACACACAGUUGUGAUCAGUGUGGCCAAGCGUUUGAUGAUUUUAAACAAAUUAAAAAACAUAUGCUUUCACAUAAGUAAGAGCAGCCCUGUAGAAUCAUUUAUUCACAGGAUAUUAUCAUAUCAUUAUAUUUUCCAGUAUUUAUACGUCAGUUUAUAAAGUUGACAUCAACCAACGUAUCUGCAAAUAAAUGACACAAGUUUAAAAAAAAUGAAAUUCAGGAUUUAAUUGGAUCUCAUUUUAUGAGCUACAUUGGUUUGGUUAUUUUAUACUUUUUAUCAGUAUUUUAAUGGGAUGGUAUGGUAGGGCAGUAGAUCUCAAAAACAUUUAUAACCAUGUUGUGCAUUAUUUCUUAAUUAACUUAAUACUGUUUUCUCUAUAAUAAAAUACCUGAUCCUUUUUGUGAGGCACAGCCUGAGAAACUAAAUCAUAGCUAUGACACCUGUAUCCUCUUAGCUAGUUAGACUUUAACCCCCACCAGCCUGGUUGAUGGCACUUAACCCUUAAAGCACGCCAAGCCACAAUCGUGGCUUUGCUGUUACAUAACUUAUAAGGUCACAUGGUGCACGCUUAAAGGGUGAGUUAAUAGCUUGCCCGCAACUGAGUUUUUCUUGUUGUGGGCAAAUCAUAUUUACUUUGAUAAAAAGUGUUAUGUGCACCUUUAUAAGUGGCUGAUGAUUUCAAUUUUAAUACGCUAUUGUAUAUUAAAUACAUUGUAAUUUUAAUUAAGGUAUUGUACAUCCAUGUUUUGUAUAGUUGUAAGUUUUGUUACAUUUAUA